GACAAGGUUCCUCACGGUGAGGACAAGGUUCCUCACGGUGAGGACAAGGUUCCUGGCGCAGAGGACAAGGUUCCUGAUGCUGAGGACAAGGUUCCUGACGCUGAGAACAAGGUUCCUGACGCUUAGGACAAUGAUCCUCGCGCUGUGAACAAGGUUACCGACGCUGGGGACAAGGUUCCUGGUGCUGAGGACAAGGCUCCUGACGCAGAGGACAAGGUUCCUGGCCCUGAGGACAAGGUUCCUCACGUUGAGGCAAGGUUCGUGGCGCAGAAGACAAGGUUCCUGACGCUGACCACAAGGUUCCUGGCGUUGAGGACAAGGUUUCUGACGCUGAGGACAAGGUUCCUGACGCUGAGGACAAUGUUCCUGGCACUGUGAACAAGGUUACUGACGCUGAGGACAAGGUUUAUGGCGCUGAGGACAAGGUUUCUGACGCGGAGGACAAGGUUUCUGGCGCUGGGGACAAGGUUCCUGACGGUGAGAACAAACAAGGUUCCUGA